AUGUUUCUUCUUGCCAUAGGGGUCCUCCUAAACUUUCUCCCCCUUGGCUCCAGCCAGUUCCCUCGGGCCUGUGCCAACGCAGACAGCCUAUUGCGAAAGGAAUGCUGUCCUCUUUGGCCUGGAGAUGGUUCCCCCUGUGGGGAGCUUUCGGGCCGGGGGUCCUGCAGGGAGAUCCUUCUUUCAGAUGCCCCGCUUGGUCCUCAGUUCCCCUUCUCCGGCGUGGAUGACAGGGAAGAUUGGCCUUCUGUCUUCUAUAACCGGACGUGCCAGUGCUCAGGCAACUUCAUGGGGUUCAACUGUGCUGAUUGCAAAUUCAACUUUGCGGGCCCCAACUGCACCGAAAGGAAGCUGCGGGUGAGAAGAGACAUCUUCCGGAUAAGUGCCAAAGAGAAAUAUCAGUUCCUUGCCUACCUCAAUUUGGCAAAGCACACUACUAGCCGAGACUUUGUCAUCGCCACUGGAACCUAUGCCCAGAUGAACAAUGGCUCCUCUCCCAUGUUCCGGGACAUCAAUGUAUAUGACCUCUUUGUCUGGAUGCACUAUUACGUCUCUCGGGACACACUCCUUGGAGGCACAAAUGUCUGGCGGGAUAUUGACUUUGCCCAUGAGGCACCAGGCUUUCUCCCUUGGCAUCGUCUCUUCUUGCUCAUGUGGGAACAUGAGAUCCAGAAGCUCACUGGAAAUGAGAAUUUCACAAUCCCCUACUGGGACUGGCGGGACGCUGAAGGCUGUGACAUAUGUACAGAUGAAUAUAUGGGAGGCAGGCACCCCACCAAUCCUAACAUACUCAGCCCUGCCUCUUUCUUCUCCUCAUGGCAGGUAAUUUGCAGUCAAUCAGAAGAAUACAACAGUCGUCAAGAACUCUGCAAUGGCACUAAUGAAGGGCCCAUACUUCGAAAUCCUGGGAACCAUGAUAAAGGGAGGACUCCUAGACUACCAUCUUCAGCAGAGGUUGAAUUCUGUUUAAGUCUGGUGCAGUAUGAGUCUGGGACCAUGGACAAAAUGGCCAACUUUAGUUUCAGGAACACUUUGGAAGGCUUUGCAGAUCCAAGUACUGCCAUCUCAAAUCUUUCCCAAAGCAGUUUGCAUAAUGCUUUGCACAUCUACAUGAAUGGUUCGAUGUCCCAAGUCCAAGGAUCAGCGAAUGAUCCCAUCUUUAUCCUGCACCAUGCCUUUGUUGACAGCAUUUUUGAACAGUGGCUCCGAAGACACCAACCUUUGCGUGAGGUUUACCCUGCUGCAAAUGCCCCCAUUGGACACAACCGUGAAUCUUACAUGGUCCCCUUCAUUCCCCUCUACAGGAAUGGGGAAUUCUUCAUUCCCUCAAGAGAACUGGGAUAUGACUAUGAAUACCUAGCAAAUCCAGAUCCCAACCCUUUCCAGAACUUCUUUGUGCCGUAUUUGGAACAAGCUCGAGAGAUCUGGCCAUGGCUGGUGGGAGCAGCCGUUGUUGGUGGCAUCAUCACAGCACUGAUUGCUGGAUUCACGGCUCUAGGAUGUCGGAAGAGGAAGAAGGGGACCUCAGAGGAGACACAGCCUUUGCUCAUGGAAAGUGAAGAUUAUCAGCACGUGACCUACCAGUCACACUUAUAACACCUCCUAAACUGCCCAAAGUUGGGGUCAAACUAGACAUUUUGAGAAAUCUGUUAUCAGCUAUCUCAAUAUGUUUUCCAGAGUUCGAUGAAAGUGGAACGUAUUAUUGUUUGGGGCUCACAGUACAGGGCAUAUUUUUUUGGGGGGGAGGGGUGGUAUUUCACCCUUUCUUCCACUCAGUUAUCAUGAUCAAAAUGUCCCAAGUUAUUAAUAGACUUAAUGACGGAGGGAAACAGAUACAAUAUGGAUACCUCCUAUCCCCCUGCCCACAUUAGCAGCUUUGGGGGGAGGAUAAGGACCAUGGCACAGAGUUAAGCCUACUCGCUAAGCAUCAUGGCCCCAAUCAAAUACCCCAUCCCACCCUAUGACUGCUUUUAAGGUCUGGAAAAGACAUCAAGAGAUCUGAUUGCAAAUCUGCUUUAUCAUGUCUAGUUUGACCCUUAAUCCAUCAGCAAUUCUAAGGUGCUAAUUGAAGUUAAGACCACUUAAGGUACCUAUUCCCUCCUAAACACACUUCAAACAUUCUGUUGGGCCCACAAUCAGAGUUAAAGUUGGUAGGUUGAAGCUGCUGGUUAAAGCAGAGAACCCAGGGGUUCUCAAACGUGGGUCUCCAGAUGCUGGAUUACAACUCCCAUCCAGUGUUCCCUGUAACAGGAAUUCCCAGAUGUUGUUGACUACACUUCCUGGAAUCCUCAGCCAACGGCCAUUGCAGCAGGGAGUUCUGGGAGUUGUAGGCCACAACAUCUUGAAAUCCCUGUUACAGAGAACACUUCUCCCAUCAUCCUCCAAUACCAUGCCUUCAGCUGCUGUGGCUGGAGAUGAUGGGAGUUGUAGUCUGUCAACAUCUGGGGACCCAACUUUGAGGACUCCUGGGUUAAAGGAUGAUCAAUGUGUGGGUUUUCUCCAUUCUUUAUGUGCACGCUGACAUCCUGCCAGGUUGCAGCCCAAAGAUUUGCAUUAGUCCUUUUCAAACCAUGUGGCAGAGCAAGUUCUCACACCUGUAUCUUUCCUGCGCUGCAUGUCAGGCAGGAGAGAUGGGUGGUGGUGGGGAAGCACUGAGGAAGGGAGAGUGGAAGAGAGUCCUGCUUAAUAAGUAGUUUGAAAGCUACCACACAUAUCUCUGACAGUCAUUUAGCAGCCCUAGUUAUGUAUGGUGAGCCUUCAGAUCUCUUAACAGUUCUGAGUCAGAGCCCAGAGUGUGGUAAUGAUUCCAGAUUAAUAGGUCUGGCACAAAAGGGGCUGACCUCACUGCUGGUUAUGACACCAAUCCCAAGGAACAUUACAGUAUCUCAGUACAAGUGAUAUUUAAAGCUAUAUGAGAACACACCAUGGUUAAAUGGGGGCCCCAUCAGAGGAUGCAUCACAUUACAAGCACACUUUGAACUGUACUGUAUGCCAUCAUUUGUGUGAUACACAGCACUGUCAUUUAUGUCGAAACUGGUCUUUGUCUUUUCUAAAGACAGAUGUAUUUUUCUGUGCAUGUUCGGGGCAUACACUGCAUAGCUUACCAGAACAAGCGAUUUCCUUUUGCUGGAAGGAUAAAAGGGUAUCCCCACAGAA